AUGGCUAAAGGAGAACGCCCUGUUGAUUGGGGUUUUGCCGAAAAUAUGGCUUAUGCGAGUCUAUUGAGUGAAGGUUACGAUGUCAGAAUAAGUGGACAGGAUAGUGGGCGCGGUACUUUCUCACAUCGUCAUGUGGUUUUUCAUCAUCAGAACCAACGUCAAAGCUGGACACCUUUACAGCAUGUUAGUGAAAAUCAGGGUCAAUUUACGGUCAUUGAUUCGCUGUUGUCAGAAGAAGCCGUGUUAGCGUUUGAAUAUGGUUACGCCACUUCUGC